AGGUGAGCUGCAUACAUCAGUAGUUGAGGAGGAUGGAGUGAAAACCCAACACCAUCAGCAGCACACUGUCCGAAGCUCUCACUAUGUUCUCCACUCGCCUCAUCUUCCUCACGGCUCUCCUCAUGGUCCUGAUGGCGGAGCCAGCCUCCAGUGCCAGGACCACACGCAAACCUCCAAGCAGCAAGAAGCCCCCACGAGCCGGGAGCAGUGGUGGAGGUGGGGGUGGAGGUUCUGGACGAACCACCACCUCUAGCAGCCAGAACACGGAGGAGACCACUGAGUCUAUGAUGGACACUUACUCCCUGUCCCCAUCAGACAGCACCACCUACUCUAAUGAAGCUUACUCCACCGAGUUCGCCACAGACGGCAUAGCUCCUCUGAUUGCCGACGGAAACUUCACCCUCGACUACAAUGAAUGCUUCUUCAACUUCUGUGUGUGCUGUCCACCAGAAAAAGGCCCCGUAGGGCCCAUCGGAGAGAGAGGGCCACCAGGACCGACAGGAGAAAUGGGCCCUCCAGGGUUGGCAGGCGUGAUCGGAGAAACAGGGCCAAGAGGGGCACCGGGACUGGCAGGACUACUCGGAGCCAACGGACUCAAUGGCGAUUUAGGUGAAAAAGGUGAUCAAGGACCUGCAGGAGUUUCUGGUAUCCCCGGGAUCCCAGGAAGAGCAGGAGAAAAAGGUGAUUUUGGCCCAAGAGGAGAGAAAGGUGAACGUGGCUUAAGUGGUCUGAAAGGGGACCCGGGAGAAAGAGGAGAGCCUGGCCUGAAUGGGACUAAGGGCAGCACCGGCCGAGAGGGGCCCAUGGGUCUCCUGGGGAUCUCUGGGACAAAGGGUCAGAAAGGUGAACAAGGACUUUCAGGCGCAGGUUUACCGGGUGUGAGAGGAGAGAAAGGUGAUGUGGGUGAACUUGGGCCUCUUGGUCUAAGAGGUGAGAAAGGCCCCCCAGGAGUGAAUGGAACUAAUGGUGAAAAGGGAGAGAGAGGGGAGCUAGGGCCUCCAGGAGGGAAGGGAGAAGUUGGGGCGAGAGGGCCCCCAGGACCUCCAGGCGGGAGGGGUAUGGGAGGGCUGAGGGGGGAACGCGGGCUAAAAGGCGGACGUGGGCCUCGGGGCGUUAAAGGGCAACAAGGUGAGAGUGUGGAGCAGAUUCGCUCGGCCUUCAGCGUGGGUCUGUUCCCCAGCAGGUCCUUCCCCCCGCCCGGUCUACCUGUGAAGUUCGAUAAGGUGUUCUACAAUGGGGAGGGGCACUGGGACCCGGCACUCAGCAAGUUCAACAUCACCUACCCAGGGGUCUACUUAUUCAGUUACUACAUCACUGUGAGAAACCGGCCCCUCCGUGCUGCCCUGGUGGUCAAUGGGGUUCGGAAGCUGCGCACUCGGGACUCUCUCUACGGCCAAGACAUCGACCAGGCGUCCAACAUGGCACUGCUGGAGCUGGGCGAAGGCGACCAGGUGUGGCUGGAGACGCUCAGGGACUGGAACGGGAUUUACUCCAGCACCGAGGACGACAGCACAUUCUCCGGCUUCUUGCUUUACCCAGAUUCAAAGACCAAACCUAGCGCUGUAGAAAACCUGUGACGGAAACCUUUGACCUUUCAUGAGCUCUGACUUCUCGUAGCCUCUGCACAGCCUUAAGCCUCCUGCACUGCUCUGUCAAACUAAUAUGAUUCUGCUGAUUCUGCUGCUUCAGUAUCUGCUGCUGUCGAGCUAAUCAAACCAAACGCUCCGC